AUGAGAGGAGAGACGAUAAAUUGAGAUGUGUGAUGCAUACAUUGGAGACAUUGAUAUGAGAUAUUAUAUACAUGUGUGUGUUUUUUGAGGAUGGAACUGAUUCUCAUGUUAUAUAUAUUUAAGGGAACCAACCAACAUUUCCCUUAACUCACUUUUUUUUUGGGGGCAUUUCAAUUUAUUUUUGCUUUCAAAAAAGAUUGUUAAUUGCAUCGUCCUUAUUCCUUAAUUUAACUAUAUUUGCUUACUUAUGAGUUAGCACUUAGCACAACAUACACGUUUUGUUAAUAUUCUAUUGAAUCUAUUCUCUUUUCUGCCCCUCUCUCAACCCUUCUUUCAUUUAUACCAAUUCAAUUCACUCUUCACUUUGCUAUAUAGGGAAAUAUACAUACAUACAUAAAAAUUAUUCAUUAAUUUUUGCAUUAUUAUUAUGGAGAUUAUAGAAGAUCAACAAGAAGAAGCACCAAUGAAAUCAUCAACAAGGUUCAAGCGUAUCUGUGUGUUCUGUGGCACAAGCCCUGGCAAGAACCCAAGCUACCAAAUUGCUGCUAUUCAACUUGGAAAACAAUUGGUGGAGAGGAAUAUAGACUUGGUAUAUGGAGGAGGAAGCAUAGGGUUAAUGGGUCUCAUCUCACAAGUUGUCUUUGAUGGUGGACGCCACGUGUUAGGGGUCAUCCCUAAGACUCUAAUGCCGAGAGAGAUCACAGGAGAGACUGUGGGAGAAGUGAGGGCAGUUUCGGGAAUGCACCAACGUAAGGCUGAAAUGGUUCGACAAGCUGAUGCAUUUAUUGCUUUGCCAGGUGGUUAUGGAACCUUGGAAGAACUGUUGGAGGU